GCAAUCCUGAAAAAAAAUUAAACCCCAGUAAAAAAGUCAUGGAAAAAAAAACAAAACAAACCGUGGAUAUUUCUCGUUAAUAUAUUUAUUUAUAAAAUGCUGAUAUUAUUGUAUACGUAUAAAAGUACUUUAUCAAAGUGAUGUAAUUCUAAAUAUUAAUACAUUUUUUUUCUAAUGAAAUUAUUUUAGAUGAUGUUUUAAGUACUCUUUGUAAGUAGUUAUUAAUCCUUACAAUAUAUGAAAAUAAUCAGGAGCAGCUGGAUCAAAAAGGAUUGCGUAAAGAAGAGACAGGAUAUGCAGGUUCAACGAUAAUGGAUAGGGAGCCACUUGAGUUGAGUACGAAAUUGAGAAAUGUGAUCAUAUUUGCGAAGACCUAAUAUGAAGUGGAUACAUAAAUUUUAAAGAUGCUCAAGCUUGUUUAAUUACUCUUCUGUGAGAUCUAAGUAACAUGAGUCGGCAUAAUCAAGAAUGGAUGUGAGUAAGGUGUGUGCGAGUGCAAUUUUGGUGUUAACUGGGAGGAAAUUACGUAACCUAUUGAAGACACUAGUAGCAGCAAACAUUUUUUUAACUGACCUGAUUUGUGGAGACCAUGACAAAGUGUUAUCAAAAAUAAUGCCAAGGUUUUUUACUUUUUUCUGGUAAUCUAUUAAAACCCCAUCAAAAACCACAAGCGGAAGACUGGUCAAGGAAAUUUUUGAAAUAAGUCUGGUACUACCAAUAAUAUAAUGGCUUGUGUCUUCAGGGGGUUUACAACAAGACCAUAAGAUUUACUCCAGUCAGAUAUACGUUCCAGAUCGGCGUUAAUAGUAGACAUAGCUAAAGAGAUAUCAACAAGAAAGGCCAAAGAGUAAAUCUGUAAAUCAUCUGCAUAAAGGUGGUAGGAAGAUUGAAGUUUCGAAGUGAUAGUGCUAAUAAAUAAGGCAAAUAUAAGAGGAGAUAAGACGCCACUCUGCGGCACGCCAGCUGACGUAUGGCACCAAGAAGAUAAAAUGUCAUCAAUGCGAAUACGUUGCCGACGUCCAAACAGAUUUCUUCAUCAUGCAAGAGUCUUAAAAUAACUAUAAAUGUUAAUUGAUUUGAAUGAUCCUAAGAUGCAAGCAAAAAAACGAUAUGUUCUUCUAAUUUUAUCAUGUGCCUUUUUGUUAUAUUGUUUUUUUGGUGGGCAUCCAUUAAAAUCGGAAAUAGUUCAAAGUAGUCGCCGUGAUCAGUUGCCUACCUUUGCUUCACUUGAAGAAUUAUCGGAAGCACCUUCACAUCUUCAAAGACAGCCAGAUUCCAAUGCUAAACCAUGUCGCAUGGAGACAUGUUUUGAUUUUUCCAGAUGUGGAAAUGAUCCAAAAAUAUAUGUGUAUCCAACAGAAGGGCCUAUAAGUACUUCUUAUCGUAAAGUACUAUCAGUAGUACGAGAAUCACGGUAUGCUACAAAGGAUCCCAAUGAGGCUUGUCUGUUUUUGCCAGCUGUGGAUACUUUGGAUGCAGAUCCUUUAUCACCAGAGCAUGUUCCUGAUGUUGAGUCACGAUUAUUACGCUUGCCGUAUUGGAAGAAUGGCCGAAAUCAUCUCAUCUUCAAUUUAUAUGCUGGAACAUGGCCAGAUUAUGCAGAGGGUGCUCUAGGCUUUGAUCCUGGUGAAGCUAUUUUAGCUCGAGCCAGUGCAUCUGAAACAAUUUUUCGUGAUGGAUUUGAUGUAUCAUUACCAUUAUUUCACAAAGAACAUCCAGAACGUGGUGGCGUGCCUCCUGCUGCUACUGCUAAUCCAUUCCCAGCGCCACGGCAGCACUUGUUGGCUUUUAAAGGGAAACGUUAUGUCCAUGGAAUUGGCAGUGAAACAAGAAAUUCACUGUGGCAUUUACAUGACGGCAACAAUCUUAUUUUAGUUACUACUUGUCGUCAUGGUAAAUCUUGGAAAGAUUUGAGGGAUGAAAGGUGUGAUGACGAUAAUCGAGAAUAUGAUAAAUUUGAUUACGAGCAAUUGUUGGCAAACUCAACAUUUUGUUUAGUAGCGCGUGGUCGUCGCCUUGGUUCAUAUCGUUUCCUUGAAGCAUUAGCAGCUGGUUGUGUCCCCGUUUUGCUAAGUAAUGGCUGGCGACUUCCGUUUGAUGAACGUAUUGAUUGGCGUCGUGCUGUUAUAUGGGCCGAUGAACGUCUACUAUUACAGGUACCGGAGUUAGUCCGUUCAGUGUCACCUGAACGAGUGCUUGCGUUAAGACAACAGACACAAUUAUUGUGGGAACAGUAUUUUUCUUCUAUCGAAAAAAUAGUCUUUACUACAAUUGAGAUAUUGUUGGAGCGUAUAUUGGCACAUAGAUCGUCAAGGCAACGUGAGGCUCUUAUAUGGAACGCUACGCCUGGAGCUCUGGGAACUUUAGCAACAUAUGGAGACUCCCGAGCUCAUUUCCCCAUCGCAGCCCCCGCGCCCCCCGCGCCGCCCGCGUCCCCCGCCCCGCCCGCUCCACUCCCUGCGCCGUCCGUACCCCUCGCCUCACCACCGCCCACACCGGGUAACACUUUUACAGCACUACUGUAUGUUCAAGCAACAUCGCCAGCGUUACACAAAUUACUCGCAAAUAUUGCGAGUAGUGAAUUUUGUGAAAAGGUGGUACUGGUAUGGGAUAGCGAACGCGCAGCGCCAUCGUUGAAAUCUUUAGCACGUGUAGCUGGAGACACACGAGAUCCAUUGCCUGUGCUGGUCAUCGACGCCACUACUCACUAUCCUGGAGAAGGCGUAUCAGCAAGAUGGCAGCCAUUGUGGGCAGUAUCCACAGCUGCAGUAUUCUCUUUGGAUGGGGAUGCACCGCUGUUGGCUGAGGAAUUGGAUUUCGCAUUUCGAGUCUGGCAACACUUCCCCGAGCGCAUUGUGGGCUAUCCCGCACGCACACAUUAUUGGGAUGAAGCUAAGGGCGCAUGGGGCUACAGCAGCAAGUGGGGCGGUGCGUACUCGAUGGUCCUGCCGGGCGCGGCGCUGGUGCACCGCGGCACGCUGGCGCUGUACGCGGCGGCCGCGCCCGCGCUGCGCCUGCACGUGCGGCGCGCGCGCAACUGCGAGGACAUCCUGCUCAACUGCCUCGUGGCGCACCUCACGCGCCGCCCGCCGCUCAAGCUCGCCCAGCGCCGCCGCUACAAGGCGCCACACCACAGGUACAGGUCGUCUUGGAGUGAUCCCGAACAUUUUGUUCAACGGCAAUCGUGUCUCAAUACGUUCGCCACUGCUUGGGGAUACAUGCCAUUGAUGCGAUCUAUUCUCCGCCUCGAUCCCAUUCUAUUUAAGGAUUCCGUGUCGACUCUUAGAAAAAAAUACAGAAAAAUGGAACUGGUGACGUCUUAAUAUUUUAACGUAAAAUCGUGCAUAUCGCAAGAUAAAAUUAUACGAUUACGGAAACGAAGCCUAUGGUAAAGGAUGAGUAACGAUUGCAUAAAAUAUACAUGAAAAUGGAAUGUAUAUAAAAUUAUUCCAGAUAAUCGUGAUGCCAGAUAUAACCUGUGGUCUAUUGUUUUCGGAUAAACAUUCACCAAUCAAAAGUACAUGGUCUUAUAAUACUAGAUAAAGUAAGUGUUUAAAGAUAGAUUGCAUACUAUUUAAAUUAUUCUUCUAAACAGAUUUUCUACUCGGCUUGGAACACUAGUGUGUAGUUUUGAUUUGUUUGUCUAUCCUCCUGCCUAUUAUUAUUAUAUCAAGUCGCAUAUCUAAACCUUACAAGAAUUUAAUGUAAGUAUCGUAAAGUUUAGAUUUGUCAUAAAGAUAGAUAAAUAUAAUUAAGUAAUGAAAAUGUUUCAUAUAGAGUGAAGCAUGUUAAUUUGCACUUUUUUAACCACUAGGAAAAAAGUUUAGAAAUACCAAAUACAUCACUAAAAUUGCUUAUAUGUAAAAAUUUGAGGUAGUUAUCUUACCUUUGAAAACAGCUACUUAAGAAUUUUCAUACACAACCUUUGAGAAAACAAUACAUUGAAAAAAUAGAAUGUUCAUAGAGUUGUAAAACUAUCUACAUAUGUAUCAAGACAUCAGUAGGUGACAUAAAAAACUUAUUUUAUAAUGUAAAAAUUAAAAAUUUAUGGAAAACCAUCAACAAUUAAAAAAACUUAUGUUUAGUAUAAAUUACUUCAAGUACUAUAUUAUAUCAAAUUUCAUAGAUGAAUAAGUAAUUCAAAUGGAAUAGCCCUAUUUGUUAUUAUAAAUUGUAUCGGAAAACAGUAGAAGAUAGUUGGUGCUUAACUUUGAGGCGUCCCUGGAGCAGCUCUCAGAGUGAAGAAAAUGUAAUUUGGUGUUCUUUAACAUUUCAUAGACACGGUCUAUGCAUUUACUACAAAAAAAAAACCUCGUUUGAUAGAGCACCUUAGGUACUGGAUACUCCUCUUGAGAUCUAUAAAAGCAUCGAGAUCCUUGGACUUGAUAUUUCUAGAGUCUUUCAAUUCAGAGGUCAUUUAGAAGAAACCGCGAAAUUGGCAUCUAAGAAAUUUGGGAUUCCAAGCAAGACGAAAGAGUAUUUCACUCCUUAACAUAGUCUCCUGCUUUAUUAAGGCCAAAUUCGCCUACAUACUCGUAUGUACUGCUCACAUCAUGGACUGGAGCACCCCAGUAUCAAUUCCUUCCACUUGACUCAAUACAACGUGGAGCAAUUUGAAAGUUUGACAAUUCUUGCUAACUGACUACAAUUCUAGCUAGAGUGAGUCUCCUUUCUUGUGUGUGGUAGAGUGGUAGAGCGCAUGACACACUACCACUUUCCAUGUGGAAAGUGGUAGUGUGUCAUGCGCUCUACCAUCCCGUUCAUUACCUCGUAGAUCUAGGUUGUGGAAUGAGCUCCCGUCUUCAGUUAUCCCCUUACAAUAUAAUAUCGGGUAUUUAGAAAAACGUGCCUAUAAAUAUUCGAUAGACCGGUAACACACAAGCAACUCCUUUCGUACUGCAGGUAUUCAAGGGUAGCCGCUUUCCAUCAGGUGGACUGUCUGCUCGUUUGCCUCCCUGACUAUAAAAAAGUUAAUACUUAUAUAUAGUUUAUCUCCACUUAAAACCGGUUUUACAGGUUAUUUUAAAAAGGUGACAAUUUAACAAUAAACUGCAUAUACUAUACUAAGUGAUGCAAUAUUUUUGGUACAUAAUUUUAAGUUUUUAAGAAUUUGUCAUUACUUACAAUUAUAAAUAUAAAUAGUGGAAACAUCAAUGAAUUUAGUAGGUUAACUCUGUAAGUACAUUAAAUUUGCAAAUAUAACAUAGAAAGUCAGUUCCGGUAUAUUAAAUUGUGAAUUAAUUAAUAUACUUACCAAUUAAAAUAAAAUCUAUUGAAUAUUAUGCUAAACCGUCGCUUGUUCUUUCGAUUAUGUCACACUUACCACAAUUUCAUUUUUUUUUAUAAAUUACUACGUCAUUUAUUAAAACAAAUUAGUUUUUUUUUUAAUACACACACUACUUCUACACUAUUUCUUAAUAUAGUCUGGAAAUGGUAACAUAGUUUCAUACAAGUACCAGAAUGUGAGUACAUAACCAUCGUCAAACCAUUUAUUAUAUUUGGUUGUAUAAGUUGUAACCGGUACUAAAAUAUUAAUACAAAAAACGGUAAACAUACAUACCUGUAUACUAUUUUGACAAAUUAUAUGACGAUAUUGUAUGGAAUCGGUAUAUUAUAGGUACCUAUGGGCAUUUAAUUGUAAAAGUAUAUCUUGCUAUGUUCUCUGCGGAUAUCUUACCUACCACUAAUAUAACUGUAUUAUAUACAUAUAUCGAUACUAUAAUUGCCUAUUUGAAAAUACUUGUAAAAUUGUUUGUACAAUUUGUAUCGAUACAGUGAGGUCAUUGGAACGAGAGUGGUUUCUUAAAAAUCUCGAUGUUGUUAUUUUUAGAGGUCUACCCUAAUUGUAACAAUAUACAACAUGAAUAAUGUAAUAUUACUAUUACAAUUACUUAUUUAUAUAGUUUCGAACGUGUACCACCGAGUAACGUUUUUUUUUAAUGUGUGAUAAUGAUAUGGUAACCCCGCCUCUGCUAUUGGUAUACACUGACGAGGCACCAGUGGGAGAUGAUAGAUAAGAAUGAAAGCAAGUCAAUUAAUUAACCCAUCCUGACGAAUUCAACUACAAUUAACCACGAUGGUUUCCAGGGGGAACCACGAGGAGGUCGACCUGACAGGGUAUAGACACCGAGUACAUUAGAAGAUGUACGUGACGUGGCUCCAUAAUGUCAUUAAAUCGUAAAAAGAAUAGUUUAUACGAAUACGAAUAUUUUUCACGAAGGUGGCAAAACAAACAUACAUCCUGUCUGAUGAUAUGGCGACUGUAGCAUAUGAACGCCUGCAACACGGGGUGUAACGUGCACGUUAUUUAAUGAAAAGAUAUCAAAAAUUAGAAUUUUAUAUUUACUAUUUUUAUUAAAUAGUCGACGAUGAUGGGUCGAAUUCGGCUUCUAUUCGUGCGGCCCGCGGCAUGUUCUUGAUUUACCACAAUUACGGAAAUAUCCCUUUUGUAAAUUUAAUUUGAACGAAUAUUAUUUUAUUAUUAACGAAUUUUACUAAAAAUACAUUUGAUGAUGUAUAGUGUAGGUACUGUUUGUAAACCAUGAAUUUUAUAAAAUUUAAAUAUAAUACAAAUAAGUCACUUUUACCUGUACUGCGUCUGGCAAUGACUAAUAUUAUUGUUGAUAUUGAUGCAAUUGUAAAAAAUAAAUGAACGAAGAAAUAAUAAAAUUAGGUACCUACUUAAA